AUGCCCACAGACAUAUCAGAAUCAGAUCGAAAAGCCUUUUUAUCCAAAAUGCAUUACCUCCUCUCACGUACAUCAUCAGGAUCUACCAUAUGUCCCUCUCAAAUACCGAGAUCGUUACACGAUACCGACCCUUCCCGUUAUCCCAAUUGGAGAGACCUGAUGGAUCCUGUCAGACAGAUCGUAUGGGAACAAGUAAAUAAAGGGAAUGUUCAAGUGACGCAAAAAGGUGAAAUCAGAUCGUUCGAUCAGAGGAAUGAUAUCAAAGGUCCUAUAAGAGUCAAGAAAGGUGAACAUUGGAAUGAGAGUUUGAUUCAAUCCGAGGAUGAAUGA